AUGGCUUCGAAACUACUUCCCUUCACCCUCCGGCACGCCGGCCGACAAUAUCUCCCACAGAUCUCUUCCCGGCAAUGUCGAACAUUCACAACCGCUUCACCGCUUAUGAGUGAUGUCCUCCAUGUUCACCGAAACACACCUACCAACAACCCGACCAUUCCAUUCAAAUUCUCCCAGGAAAACCUCACUGUUAUCGAUGAAAUCCUUAAGCGUUAUCCUCCUCAGUAUAAGAAAGGUGCAGUUAUGCCGCUACUAGACCUUGGGCAACGACAGCAUGGAUACACCAGCAUCAGCGUGAUGAACGAGGUUGCGCGCAUGUUGGAAAUGCCACCCAUGAGAGUAUACGAGGUUGCUACCUUUUAUACCAUGUACAAUCGCGAGCCGGUCGGAAAGUACUUUGUUCAGAUAUGCACCACCCUCGGCGGUUGCGGAAGCGAUAAGAUCGUCAAGGCUAUAACGGAACAUCUCGGUGUGUCAUCACACGGUGCAACAACCCCAGAUGGUAUCUUCACCGUCCUUGAAGUCGAAUGUCUCGGAGCCUGCGUAAAUGCGCCAAUGGUCCAGAUCAACGAUGACUACUAUGAGGAUCUCACACCAGAAACUACGAUCCAACUACUCGAUGCUCUCAAGGCUAGUGCCGUAGCUGCAGAGAACGGAACACAGUCCAAUGUAAAGGUCCCACCGCCAGGGCCAUUGAGUGGCAGAAAAACCUGCGAGAACAGCGCAGGCUUGACAAGCUUGACUGAGCCUCUUUGGGGAAAUGAAACUUUGAGAAAAGACGGAGAGUUGUAA